AAGUGCUGACACGUGACUGACUGAGUGAGCAAAGUUAAGUCACAGAAAUACCGCAUCAUGUCCGCUGCUUUUCUAGACUUGUGUAACAAAAUAUAAAUGAGCUCGCGCUCUGUUCAGUAAUGCCCAAAUUUUGUGUUCAGAACAAGGGCACCGUGCGUGAUUAUUUUCUGGGGUUUUUUUUUUUUUUUUCAUUGACACAUUUCAGGUUAAUUUCGAAACAACGUUUGAUACUGUUUUCGGAGGCUGGGGGCAUAUGUGUAUGUAUUUGAUAUUCUAAAAAUCCCUUCAGUUCAGACCACGGUGAUGAGAGAACGAUGGCAGAGCACUAACGCAGCAUAACUGAAAGUGUGCCGUUGGAAGUGACAGCUCGCGCUUGAUCGCUGUGGUCGCAGCUUUGGCUUCCCACGGCUGAGCUCACGCAUUACGGCGCCGCGUCGGCAGCACAUCCACGCGCACCAACAGCUGCAACCUUGCCCAGAAGCGGAGGGUAACGAGGGUUUACAGUCGUCUCGGCUGCAAUGGCAGGCACGAAAAUAACAGCAUUGCGGGACUAGAGUGCCGGUGAUCAUCAAGCGAACAACUUGAGAACUUCCCCCCCGCCUGAGUUAUUUACCUUGAGCCACGCCGCAGUCCCUUAUCGGUCGUCCUUUCCGUGGGCACGUGCAGGGGAAAGCGUCAGCUCCCUGGUUCGAAUGCGUUCCUAAAUAAUUUCUUCCCAUUUUAAUAGGGAAACGGACCUGGGCGCUUCCUGACGGUAUCGACAAACACGACUAAAAACGCCGCGAACGUGGGCUGGAUACUACCUCGCGCAUACCUGUACAGUUGCUGCAUACGCAAUGUUGUGAGCGUGACCAUUCGACACUGAGCGGAAACCACAGCUGUCUGUCUCUAGUGGAGGGGGGUUUUUUUAUUCCAAAAGACGCCAACUUCAGAUCUCUGGAAGCCGAACGACUGAAUUAUGGAGGGCAUCGGAUUCAGGACCUUGGACAGCACCGGAUUACAGCUGUUCAUAUUAGUUCUUUUCCCAUGUCUGUCUCGCAUACUGGCGGAACAAGAAGUUGAAAAUCUCUCAGGGUUGUCUACGAACCCGGACAAAGACAUAUUCGUGGUGCGGGAAAACGGAACCACUUGCUUAAUGGCUGAGUUUGCGGUCAGAUUCGUGGUUCCAUACGACGUCCUGGCACUCAAUGGUAUCGAUCUGAUUACGGAGCAAGCUUCGCUCGCGCUGCCCCGUGGCGCAGAGAUAGAGGGGAGAUGCGGGAACACGGAAGCGGAGCUUCAGAUAUCAUGGAUAAACGACGCCUACACGUUUCGCAUCUUCUUCAUUAAGGAAGUGUCAAAAGGAAAGGAAAUAUGGAAGAUCAGCAAGGUUCAGCUGGUUUAUGACACCUCUGAAGCGACACACUUCAUCAAUGCAUACAACCCGGGGAAGCACACUGCCACCACACACCGUCUCUCGGCGCUGGUGACCCCGGCCGGGCGCUCCUUUGAGUGCCUAGCAGUGCAGAGCCUCACGCUCAUCUCCACCGACCACCAGAAAGGGGUGAGCGUCUCCAUGUCCGACAUCCGGAUACAGCCCUUCGACAUCCAGAGUGACUUCACCUUCGGCCCAGCCUAUAAGUGCAUCACGGACCAGAGGGAGCAGCUGGAGGAGACCCUGCCCCUGAUCCUGGGCGUCAUCCUGGGCCUGAUCAUCGUCAUCACACUCUCCGUCUACCACGUGCACCUCAAAAUGACCGCGCAGCAGCCGCAGCUGCCCCGGGACCGCUCGCUCUACAAGAACAUGUGAGAGAGGGAGAGAGCGGCUCGCCCGGCCGCGUGCCCGUGCCCAACCCCAGCUGCGACACAAGCCAGAUUCUCACACAGUCACCCACCCACCCCCUAACAGCCCUUAACCCUUCCAUAGCUUAUAAGUACCCGACAAUCUUGCUAAUCCCUUCCUACAGUCGCAAACCCUUUUACAUUCCCAAAUCCCUUUUACAUUCCCAAACACUCCUACAGUACAUUCCCAAAUCACUUUACAUUCCCAAAUCCCUUUGACAUUCCCAAAUGCCUUUGACAUUCCCAAAUCCCUUUUACAUUCCCAAACACUCCUACAGUACAUUCCCAAAUCACUUUACAUUCCCAAAUCCCUUUUACAUUACCAAGUCUCUUUUACAUUCUCAAAUCCCUUUGACAUUCCCAAAUCCCUUUUACAUUCCCAAAUCCAUUUCGCACUCCCUAUCACUCUUACAUUUCCAAAACCCCUUUAUAUUCCAAAUCACUGAAACAUUCCCAAAUCCCUUCCGAAGCUUCCUAGGCAGUGGCACACCACACCGUUUCUUGCUCUCUUAUUUCCCCAAGCCUGCAGUUUUCCUUUUGGAGGUGUUUUAUUAAUUAUCUUUGUUUAUUUAUCUGUAAAAUGAGCUGCAAAGAGAAAAACAGCCGAUGCAGAGCCUAUGCUGUGAGCUUGCUGGAGCGUCCCUGUUCUGAAAUGCCGUGUUUGUGGGUGGAAGUGGACAGUGUUGUGUGGUGGGUGGAAGUGGACAGUGUUGUGUGGUGGGUGGAAGUGGACAGUGCUGUGUGGUGGGUGGAAGUGGACAGUGUUGUGUGGUGGGUGGAAGUGGACAGUGCUGUGUGGUGGGUGGAAGUGGACAGUGUUGUGUGGUGGGUGGAAGUGGACAGUGUUGUGUGGUGGGUGGAAGUGGACAGUGUUGUGUGGUGGAUGGAAGUGGACAGUGUUGUGUGUUGUGUGGUGGGUGGAAGUGAACAGUGUUGUGUGGUGUGCGAGAGCUCAGUGCUGAAGCCUGGAUGCAUCGCAGCGCAGUCACCUGUGUGUCUCACCUGUGCCCCACCUGUGUCUCACCUGUGCCCCACAUGUCUGUAUGUCCGACAGCCUGCUACCUUUCUACACAUCUCGCUCUUUAAAAAUUACCAUUAAAAAUGGCUCAUAUUUUCAUUUGAAUGUAUAAAUCUGUAAAAUGUCUAAAUAAAUCUAUGAAAAUAAGGGAAAAUUUAAAUGUAUGCAUACAAAGGAUUCUGAGAGUUUAAGGCCACAAGUAUGUCUUAAUCUAUUGCUUUAAGGGAAAAGUACAUCAGUGUCCAAUUUUAAAACAUAAGAGUUUUACUUUGGAAGUACAAUAUUUUAAGAAUUACUAUGCAUAAGGAAAAACAGUAAAAUAAUGAAAAUUUAAUUGUGUGGAAUUCUGUUUAUGAAAAUAAAUCAUUCAACACUU